CAAGGGUCUCCUCAGCGACAGUGAACGCGCUUUUUCCGCACAGGUUUAGGUGAUUGCAACGUGCCGAGGUUAACCAUGGCUUCUGAUGAACCAAAAGCAAAGAAACAAAAAGUUUCCGCGGAGAAGAAGACGGAGUCUCCGACCAAAAAGACUCAUGCAGAACUAAGCCCUAAUUCACUCUUUGGGAUGGGAAACCCCUUACUGGACAUCAUUGCUGUUGUGGACAAGGACUUCUUGGACACUUACUCUCUGAAACCCAACGACCAGAUCCUGGCAGAGGACCAACACAAAGCACUAUUUGAGGAGAUGGUGAAGAAGUUCAAAGUUGAGUACCACGCUGGAGGAGCCACGCAGAACUCCAUAAAGAUCGCUCAGUGGAUGAUCCAAGAACCCCAUAACAUCGGGACGUUCUUUGGCUGCAUCGGCAAGGACAAGUUUGGGGAUAUCCUGAAGGAGAAGGCGAAAGCCACCCACAUCGACGCCCACUACUACGAGCAAGACGAAGAGCCCACAGGGACGUGUGCUGCGUGCAUCACGGGAGAUAACCGGUCUCUGGUAGCUAACCUAGCCGCAGCUAACUGUUAUAAGAAGGACAAGCAUCUCGACCUGGAGGAAAACUGGAAGCUGGUGGAAAAAGCUAAAGUCUACUAUAUUGCUGGUUUCUUCUUGACCGUCUCGUUGGAGUCCAUCCUGAAAGUGGCGAAGCAUGCGUCUGAAAACAACAAGCUGUUUUGCAUGAACCUCUCGGCGCCUUUCAUCUGUCAGUUCUUCAAGGACAACCUCAUGCAGGUCAUGCCCUACGUGGAUGUGCUGUUCGGCAAUGAGACGGAGGCGACAGCAUUCGCUAAAGAGCAAAACUUUAAGACCGAGGACAUAAAGGAAAUUGCCAAGAAGGCCCAGGCUUUGCCCAAAGUCAACACAAAGAGGCAGAGGAUUGUAGUUUUGACUCAGGGAAAGGAUGAAACUGUGUGCCAAAGUGACACAGUUGAGACCUUCCCCGUACUGAAGAUUGACCCCAAGGACAUUGUUGACACAAACGGUGCAGGUGAUGCCUUUGUAGGAGGUUUUCUAUCUGAGCUGGUCAUGGACAAACCAAUGGACCAGUGCGUGAAGGCGGCACACUACGCCGCCAACGUCAUCAUCAGACGGGCAGGUUGCACCUUCCCAGAAAAACCUGACUUCAAGUAAGGGAGUCUGAAACGAGUCCAUCUGCCCGAAACCUCCUUCUGGCCCCGACAACCACAACUCCGGCCCCUCGAAAUUUCCUUUACAAUUUUUAGUCUGGUUCCUCCUGACAAGUGGGCCUGUGUCUGUUCCCCUGCCGCAAUUGGCUAGAGCCGACUGAAUAUUAGUUUAUAUUUAAACUACCAAAAAAGAAUCAUGACGACCUCACAGGAUGUGAUCAUUUUUACACGGACAAUCUAAAUGGGUUUUUAUGGAUAUUUUUGUUUCUGAAUGUUUUCUGGCUCUCUGACUGCCGACAUUCGGCACAAGAAGCUACUUCCACAAUGGGAGACACGUUGUAUUCACAGGGGACUGAUAAACAGAAUAUCAGUCCACCAAGGUUUUGGAUGCUGCAUUGAGAUGUGCAGUAGUGAUUUGUUUUAGGUGCAUUUUCCAAAAUGACUUAUUCCUGAUAAUGAGGGUUUGUACUUGUUUGGAUUUAAUUUAACAGGCCAGUUAUGAAACCAAAUGAUUUUCUUCUAAGUGAACGCUUAUGAAAUGUGGGAAAGCUCCUGCCCACUAAUUUAUGUGAUGGCUGUUAAAGGUUGUUGUUGCCUUGUACACUUCAUUUGUUUUUGGGGUGGAUGCCUCCAGUCACAUGUGCCUUUUUUUUUUUUUCCUCUUUCCUUCCUCUUUAAAUGUUAAGAGGCCAGCUGGUGUUGUGUGAACCGGCAUCUGGUGGUACAAGGAAACCUUUUGAAACUAGAACAGUGAUUAGAAAUGGUGGCGGAGUAGAAAAACCUUUUUCAAAAGUAUGUAUGGUAAAAUAAAUGUUUAAUUGUUCUCUGUCAGAGGAAUACAUCGGGUAAAUAAAACUUUACCGUUGAUUCAGUUAGUUCUAAAUUAGUGGCCUGUGUUAUUUUUCUAUCUAUGUUUCACCUAAACUCAAGACUGAUUUCAUGAUUUGUGUUAACGGUUACAAAACAAAGUGUGUAAUGAGUAAAAUUCAUUCUUGGACCACACUUGUGAUUUAGGCCCAAACUUUUCAAAUCAUUACAUUACAUUAUGCAAAUCAUCUGCAUUAGACUUUGUGGUGUGUUGUCAUCUGCGCCACAUUGAAUACAACUAUCCUGAAUUUAGGUGUAGUCUAAAUAUAAGUCUGUUUUUGAAAACCGGAGUUCGGUCUGUUACUUGUACAUGUUCCAAUACACCAAUAAGCCUUCAGUGACUGAAUAUUCCCCGUCUCAGUGGCACUCGAGUUUCCCGUCUUUGCUGAACUGUCGUGCCACAAAUUCAUGAAUAAAAUAUACAACCAUC